CAGUGCACGCCUGCCCGGCGCGCCGCCUCACCAGCGCUGUUGCUAAGAGGCCUUGGUUACUUGGUCGCGGGAUGCGGGGCGGUGUCAGGUGAAGAUGGUGGUCACUGGGCCUCAGGUAACCAUGGAGAAAGAGCUUCGGAGCACCAUUCUUUUCAAUGCAUACAAAAAAGAAGUAUUUACCACCAACAAUGGCUAUAAAUCCAUGCAGAAAAGACUUCGGAGUAAUUGGAAGAUUCAGAGCUUAAAAGAUGAAAUCACAUCUGAGAAGCUAAUUGGGGUGAAACUGUGGAUUACAGCUGGGCCAAGGGAAAAAUUUACUGCAGCUGAGUUUGAAGUCCUGAAGAAAUACCUUGACGGUGGCGGUGAUAUCCUUGUGAUGCUAGGAGAGGGUGGGGAAUCCAGAUUUGACACCAAUAUUAACUUUCUCCUAGAAGAAUAUGGAAUCAUGGUUAAUAAUGAUGCUGUGGUUAGAAAUGUAUAUUAUAAGUAUUUCCAUCCUAAAGAAGCUCUAGUUUCCAACGGAGUCCUGAAUAGGGAAAUUAGCCGAGCUGCAGGGAAGGCCGUGCCUGGAAUCAUUGAUGAGGAAAGCAGUGGAAACAAUGCCCAGGCUCUCACCUUUGUCUAUCCUUUUGGUGCCACACUGAGUGUCAUGAAACCAGCAGUGGCUGUUCUGUCCACAGGCUCUGUCUGUUUCCCGCUUAACAGACCUGUUCUGGCUUUCUAUCACUCGAAGAACCAAGGUGGGAAGCUGGCAGUGCUUGGCUCAUGUCACAUGUUCAGUGACCAAUAUUUGGAUAAAGAAGAAAACAGCAAAAUCAUGGAUGUUGUUUUCCAGUGGCUCACAACGGGAGACAUCCACCUAAACCAGAUAGAUGCUGAGGACCCAGAGAUUUCCGACUACAUGAUGCUGCCCGACACAGCCACCCUGUCAGAGAGGCUUCGAGUGUGUCUCCAGGAGGGCGAUGAGAACCCAAGAGACUUUACCACCCUCUUCGACCUGUCCAUUUACCAGCUGGAUACCACCUCCCUCCCCAAGGUCAUCAAGGCCCACGAACAGCUAAAUGUGAAACAUGAACCUCUCCAGCUCAUCCAGCCUCAGUUUGAGACGCCGCUGCCAGCCCUUCAGCCAGCGGCCCGCCUUGCUCAGAUUACCAAUAAGUGUACUGAAGAAGACCUGGAAUUCUAUGUCAGAAAAUGUGGUGACAUUCUUGGAGUAACCAAUAAACUACCAAAGGACCAACAAGAUGCCAAACAUAUCCUUGAGCACAUCUUCUUCCAAGUGGUGGAGUUCAAGAAAUUGAACCAGGAACAUGACAUUGAUACAAGUGAACCAGCAUUCCAGAACAAUUUCUGAGGACCUUGCCUCUUGAAGCAUCUUCUGCCUCCUGAUUCUCUUUCCGUCCACAGGACACAACCAUUUGGAGGCUGUCGUGUCUACCCAUACUAGGUCACCCUCCUCUGAGCUCUUGAAGCACUGAAUUCCAUCAUCAUUUGGGUUAUAAUAUCAUCAUCUGUCCCAAGGUCAAUGGGAGACUGUACCUGCUUGAAUGGGGCAGCUGAUGUGGAAAUGCAGAGCAGUGUACUGGAUAUACUGGGAACCAGCUUUAGGGAACCCUGAAAGCCAGAUAGAAGAUUGCAGAACUAAUGCCAGUGUGUAAGGGAUGUGAUGCAAUGGGAACACCUUAGCUAGUGGGUUCUAUAAAGAUGGGAACUAUGGAAGGAAGGCCAUUUACAGAGAGUGUGAUAUAACUUCAAGAGGAAAUAAUGGGGAUGUGAAAUGGUGCUGUUGUAGGAGAAGUGUCAUUUAA